CAAAGACAAAGGGGGUUGAAUUGGGUUUGGAUUCAUACCACAACUUGGGUCCCCCGGCGGUUUCCUCCUUCCUCUCGGACAAAACCAAACGAACCAAGAGACAAACCUCUCCUCCUCCCUUCUUCUUCUUCUUCUUCUUCCUCCGGCGGAUCUCAUCUUCAGAUCACAUCCAAGCAGCGCAAGCAGGAGACGAGACGCGCUCCCUCGCUCGCUCCACCGUCCACAACCAAACCAGGCAAAGGGCAGCGAUGACGUUCGACAAGGUGGAGGAGCUGCGGCCGGGCACCUACGGCCACAACCUCCAGCUCCGGGUGCUCAGCUCCAAGCCCGUCGUCCUCCACAGGCCGCAGGGCGGCAGGGCCGGCGGCAACAUGCGCAUCGCCGAGUGCAUCGUCGGCGACGACACCGGCGUCGUCGUAUUCACCGCCCGCAACGAGCAAGUGGACAUCAUGAAGCCCGGGGCAAUCGUGGAGGCGAGGAAGGCGAGGGUGGACAUGUACAAGGGGUCGAUGCGCCUGGCCGUGGACAAGUGGGGGACGCUCAAGGCCGCCGAGAGCCCUGCGGACUUCAAGGUGAAGGAGGACAACAAUGUGUCCUUGGUCGAGUUUGAGCUCAUCACUGUGAUGCAGUGAUUGAAGAGGGCUCCUCCUCCCCCUUGCCUAGGAGGAGGAGGAGGAGGCAGAGGAGGCUCAGCAGCUGUUAGGCUGAGCACAAAGCAAUAAGCCGGCCAAUCAUGGCUCAUGUUCUUCACCCCCUCCCCCCUCUCUCUGUUUACUGUUUAUUUGCUGGAAGUUUUGCUAGUCCUGCUACCUUGGAUUAAAUGUCGUUAGUAUACCAUAUAUGUUUGUGCGGAGUUGCAUCCAGAUUGUUGUGAGUGAGCCCUGCCAUCUCUUUGUGUUAGACCUGGUAUAUCAAUUAACUAAUUAUGUUAAGCACUGGUGACAUA